UCGGUUUGGACGCUUUUGAAAUUUAGUAGAACGCGUAGUGUGCGCUACUUGUAAGUUGGGGCGCCAAACAGUUACAUAUUUGAAAAAAAAAACACAGAAAAGUGAAAGAAAACAAAAUAAAGCAAAAGCUUGUAAUAGCUAAAUAAUUAAAGAUUAAAAGCAUAUUUAGUGAAAAAUUGUGAAACAGUAUUAUUAAAAUAAAAAUUUCACCGUAUUUAAGUGAAGCAGUGCAGUGCUAAGUAGCAAACCAAAACAAAACACGAAAACAGCCUAUGAAGUGGUAUAAGCACAAAGUGUUUUCAAAAAAUCAACAAACAAGUGCUUAUCUAUAAAAUUAUUGAUUUUGACAAAUAAAAGUGCAGUAUUGCUGCGCUAGAAAAUAAAAACGCGAAAUAUUUAUUUUUGCAAAUUCGGCAGUGCAUUAAAAAGCAAAACAAAAGGCUACAAGCUGAUAGCCCGUGAAUAUUUGCAAAUAACAAAGUGUUCGGUGCAACAAAUGUUUAAGGUAAAAUUGCCAAAUUGCGUGCAGCGUAAAAAUUUUUUAUUUUGAAAUUGCAAUUUUUAAUGAAAAUUGUGGCAGCUCAAGUCAAGCCAAUAAAAAUUAAUAUAAAAGUUCUGCAAAUGGCCGUGAAUAUGCCAGUUUUCAUUGUAGUUCUUUGAAGUGCGUUUUCCACAAAUAUUAUUUUUUUAAGUUAUUGCAUUUGGUUUCCAAAUGAAAACAGCCUCCCCAAUGAAAUGUAAAAGUUGGUCGAAUAAAAUCAACAAUUUUGUUGUGCGUCGCCUGAAGUCUAUAAAGAUAAACGGUCAACAGCAGCAACAGAUCCUGUCGCCGUGCAGCACGAUGCCAGCGAUGCCAAAAGAAAAGGCCACCGCAGUAUCGUUGAGUGAGAGCAAUUUCACCGAAUUGAAAUUUAAAGAAUUAUCCCUGAAUACAACAAACAACAGCGCCGCCACAAUGGCCACCACAGCAACAAGUCGCAUGCAUCAGCAUAGCACACAGACACCCACACAUCAUUUACCUGCAGCAGCCGUACAGACAACAAACACAACAACAGCAACAGCGCCGUCAGCCACAACCACACAACAGCCCACAAUGCCACAUCAUUGGAGCCAACGCCAAAGCCAACAACAACAAAUGGCACAGUCACAGUCGCGCAACAGCCUAUGUGGCUGCGGCAACAUCUCGGCGAUCAUACCCGAGUCAGUGGGCAGCUUAAAUCAUGGCAGCAGUAAAUAUCUAACAAAUGGACAUUCAUCACCUUUGGCCGCCGCUGUGGCCGCUGCACAGCAGAACGGCGCUACAACGCCGGAACACACGCCGACAUGUUGUCGUUAUCAGCAACACCAACAACAGAAUGGCUACGACAGCGUCGAACACCAGCAACAACAACAAUUGCCACGCACAUACAACAACAAUGCGCUAGCAGGUGGUGGUGGUAGCAAUGCACCACCCACCACCGCCAUCAAUAUAUCCGCCUCGGCCGCCGCAACACUCUCAGUAGCAUCUGCUGCCAAUAUCGGCUCCGCCGGUGCAUCCACAUCGCCCACAAAUGUCGCCGUAACGCCGCCAAAGAAAUCGCCAAACGACUAUAUUUUCGGCAAAUACAUUGGCGAGGGCAGCUUCAGCAAUGUUUACCUCGCCGUCGAUGUGAAUUCGAAACGUGAAUAUGCAAUUAAAGUCUGCGAGAAACGUCACAUCAUACGCGAGGACAAACAGGAGUAUGUGCGUCGUGAACGCGAAGCGCUACACAUGAUGACCAAUGUGCCGGGUUUCGUGAAUUUGUCAUGCACGUUCCAGGAUCGUCGUUCGCUGUACUUUGUGAUGACCUAUGCCAAAAACGGCGAUCUGCUGCCGUACAUCAACAAGGUGGGCUCCUUCGAUGUGGACUGUACACGCCACUAUGUCGCCGAAUUAGUAUUAGCUUGCGAGCAAAUGCACUAUCGCAAUGUGGUGCAUCGUGACCUGAAGCCAGAGAAUAUACUCUUAGAUGAGGAUAUGCAUACGUUGAUUGCCGAUUUUGGUUCGGCGAAAAUCUUCAAACCCGAGGAAUGUAUUAAUCCCGUCAAACCGGCACCAUUUUCGUUGGGUCGUCGCAGCGGACGUAAUUCACAGAAUCGCAGCGAUGACGACGACGAUGAGGAUGACGAUACGGAGGAUACCAAUGAUACGUGUAGCGAUGAUGAUAAUGCGCCCGGUGGACGCGGUGGCAUGUAUUAUUAUCGUGGACGUAAGGGCAGUUUUGUUGGUACAGCGCAAUAUGUGUCGCCGGAAGUGCUGCGUAAUGGUUUCGUUUCACCUGCUGCUGAUCUCUGGGCACUCGGUUGUAUAGUGUAUCAAAUGAUUUCCGGUCUGCCGCCGUUCCGUGGCAGCAAUGAUUAUGUCAUAUUUAGAGAAAUACUCUCCGGCGAUCUAGACUUUCCGCAAGGCUUCGAUAAGGAUGCCGAAGAUCUAGUCAGACAACUAUUGAAGAUACGACCCGAAGAACGUUUGGGCUCACAAGAUGCCAAAGGCAGUUAUGUCAGCAUACGUGCGCAUCCAUUCUUUAAUGGCAUCGAUUUUGCGACAAUACGUCAGCAGACACCGCCACCAAUUUACCCAUACUUGCCGGGCGUAUCGAAGGAUGACGGCUUUAGUUCGCAUUAUUUUAUGCCAGAUAAUCUAGAACCCGGCUUGGAUGAUAAGCAGCUGACACGUUUGCUCGGCAUGGAAUUGGGCACAUAUAUUGAGAAAAAGACUGUAGUAAAAAAUAUUUACGACCUUUCGGAGAGCGAAAAGCAAAAGCGUUUAGAGCAACAAAAGUCUGAUAAAUGGCACGUCUUCGCCGAUAACGAAGUCAUCCUGAAGAAGGGUUACAUCAACAAACGCAAAGGUCUGUUCGCGCGCAAACGCAUGCUGCUGCUAACAACGGGUCCACGGCUCAUCUACAUCGAUCCCGUGCAGAUGGUGAAGAAAGGCGAAAUACCAUGGAGCGCCGAAUUGCGCGUCGAGCCGAAAAACUUCAAAAUAUUCUUUGUGCAUACGCCCAACCGAACGUACUACUUGGACGAUCCCGAUGGCUACUCACUCGAAUGGGUCGACUCCAUCGAACGCAUGCACAAAUUCACCUACCCCGAUAGCGAUACCGGCGCGACGACGACGUCGACGGCGACAGGCACCUCGCCGAAAUCGUCACAUCGAACAAACUCACCAACGUUCUUCAGCAGCGGCGGCGGCGGCAGCCACUCCAGCGGCAGCAGCAGCAGCGGCAACAUGUUGACCGCGGCCAUCGCCGCCGCCACAGGCCGAACGACGAAAACGGCGUCGAAUUGAAUGAAACGACCGCCGCAACCACCACCACCACCACGUCGUCGUCGUCAACCAGAUAUUAUAUAUCUACUAAAGAAUGCAACAAGAAUUCUACAAAAACACGCAAAGGCACACAGCAUCCAAAUGCGUGCCGAAUUGCAGCUAAAAACCUAGGUGUUCCAAGGCAGAAUGUAUGUGCCGCCGCUGUGGCUCCACAGAGCAGCUGUUAAAGCAACAACAAAAACGUUAAAAAAUACUAAAACUGUAGUGUGGAGCAACAACAACAGUGCGCAGCAAAACAUUUAAAGUAAUAUUAAAACAAAAUAUACAUAUAUACACACACAUACAUACAUAUAAAAAUGUUUAGAACAAAUUUAGUUCAAAUCAGCAAAUACAUAAAAUGAUUAUUAAUUACACGUAAUAAUUAUAAUUAAUAAAUAAUAAUUAAUAAUUAAACUAAUAUAAUAUAUAAAAUAGAAGUGAAGUGUAGCGAAUAGCAAAAAACAAAAAAAUUAAAAUAAUUUAAUAUAAUGUAACAAUUAAUUGCAGCCUAGUAAUGUAACAGCAUUAAGUAACAGUAAAUUAGCGUAGCGAGAAGUGGCGUGUUGUGCGCGGACAUAGCAAAAAUUUAGCAAACAAUAUUUAGCGUUUAAGUGAAAUGGUCCGAAAAUGUGCUUAGUAAAAUGUAAAUGUGUGAAAACAGCAACAACAACAACAACUGCAACAAUAGUUGAUAUUAAAUGCGUGAACGAAUUUGACACUCGGCAAACAAAAGGUGAGGCGCGAGCAAUAUAUUGUAUGACAAUAUGUAGGUGUGGCAGAAUGUAUAAAUGUGUGAGGUGGCGUGAUGGAAAUGCUAGAAAUUGUAGAAGAAGAAGAAGCAGCGCGGUAAAUUUUACAAUAUUUAUGCAUAUGCUGACUUUACAACAACUAAGACACAUGCUAAUUAUGAGAUUGAAUUAUAAAUGCAUGCCAGACGGACACACAAACACACACACAUAUAUACAUGCAUACAUAUGUACACACACACACAUAUAUGCAUACAUGCAGUUGCAAGCAGGCGUAUAUAGUGUGUAGUGGGCAAAAGUGUAGGAAAAACACGUGCAAAAUUAUAUAUGUACACAUACAUAUAUACAUAUGUACAUGUGUAUAAGCCUACAUGCAUAUACAUAUUGACGUGUAACAGUAUAAUUUAAAUUAAUGUAAUUCUAAUUGUAAACAAAUGUGAAUAUUUUGUAGUUAGUCACAAUUAAAUGAAUUAUACACAGCAGAGUAGAGCAGCAAGCAGGCAAAAAACAGCGUACAUAUGUAUACAUACAUACAUAUGUGCGUGUCAUAGCAGAAAUGAGAGCAAAAACCGAACUAUAUAAAAAUUGCAUACAUAUGUAUGAGACUAUGUACAUAUAUAUAAAGCAAGUUACAUACAAAAAUACUAUUAAAUGCGUACAUAUACAUACACACAUAUAUAUGUAUGUAAUAGUAAGCAUAACUAAAAUUAUACUAUAUAUAUUAUAUAUACUCUACAUAUACAUAUGUAUACAUAAAUGAAAUGAGAGCGAAAGCGGGCGAAGCGCAGCAAUGUGUUGCAUACUUGCAGGCGUUUGAACAGGCGUGUAAAUGAAUUUCAAGAAGCAAAAUAUACAUAUAUAAUAUACAUACAUAUAUACAAUGUAAUUAUUUAUAUGCAUACAGACAUACGUACAUAUGCAGCAAACAGUUACCAGCAGUUAGUUAAUGAGUUUUUUAUGCUAAUUGUGCAACAACUAUGUUUACAACAAAUUAAUAGAGUACAUGCAACAACAAGCAAGACAAAUGUAUAACACACAUAUGCACGCAAGAAGCAAGUAAGCAAAAAGUAAUGUAGAACAAGCAAUGACUCCUGAAUGAGGGAAACUCGCGCAUUUUGCAACAACAAAAACAACAACAUUGUAUUAUAGAGCAUGUCGAUUGCAUAGUGUUUUAAGCAUGGCAGCGCACAAUGCAACGUGCGCUGCGCAUGCGCGAGUUUACCGCUUGUGUUGCAUUGCGAAUUCGCGAAUAUGCAAAAAUGUAGCAUAAAAAGUACAUAAUUACAUACACACACACACACAUACACGCAUAUAUACCCUAUACAAUUAACAUCAAACACAAACAAAUUGUAACAACAACUGCGUGUACGCGCAUGCGUGAGCGCGUGUCGGCUUAGGGCGCCAGCCGCCCAAAGCUGCUGAGGUGGUAGCACUGGUGCGUCACAGCGCAUAACAACAUUUAGCUAAAUUACAAAAAUAAUUAGCUAAGUAAAAGUAAACAAAAGAAAAAAACAAAAAGUAAAUUAAUAAAAAAGUUAAAUUAAAACUAUUUUUAUGCGAUUAGCGGGAAUUUUAAGCGUUGCAAAUGUAGUGUGUUCAUAGCUGUAAGCUGUAAACUGUAAAAAAUGUAAAUUGUUUUUAUGCAAAAUGCGCGCAAAGUACGCACCAGUCGUCGCACCGACACAUAAGCAUGCGCAGGCGCAUACAGGCAGUGUUACCGUUACGCCGCCGCCGCCGUGUUCAAAUUUUUGUUUUGUGCAUCAAGUUAAAAGCUUUUAUUGAAUUUUGCUAAACAUUAUUUUUCGGUUUUUUGAAAGAAAAAAAUAUAACUUUUUGUUGUGUUAAAAAUUUAAAAAAUUGUUUUUAUAUUUUUAUUUUUUUGUUUGUAUUAAAAAAAAAUAUUUUCAAUUUUUUAAAAAUUUUUUUUUUUAACUUUUUUAUUCUUAAUUUUUCUCUUCACAAUUGCGUUGUUUUUCCAUUAGCAUUAUUCUUACUCAGUACUUUUGCCCUAAUAACGCAACGCAUAAGACUUGAUACUAAAUAUAGACAAAAGAAAAA